UACGAUUUGGGGUAUCUUUGUCGCGUCGCGUCUCCAGGCGAUUGGACUUCCAACCACCAAACAUCAUUUGAAUGUACUCUCUUGACUUGCGAUAGCUUUGCGCUCCCAGCUUUAGUUUCGUCACUGCCCUCUUGAUCAUUCACGCCGUCUCCUAUUACCAAAUUCAGCGCCUUUAGAGCAGAAUCGGAAAUAAGCGACGGAUCAGUUGCAAUGCCUCCCAAAUCUACCUCCACGGCCUCCAGCAGCCGGCGCGCUCCCGCCGGCGCCAAACGUGGCUCUACCUCAGCAGACCCCUCCUCCUCGAAGCGACGCCGCGAAACAACGGACACAAUCGAGCUCGCCUCCGUCCAAGACGACGAAGAUCUGGACAUGUUUCCUCACAGCGAAAUCAACAAUGACCUUACCAUGCUCGGCUCAGAUGAGGAAGAAGAUGAAGAAGAGCAACCGGAGACGGACACGAAUGGGCCCCAGCGACGACGACAGAUGCAGCGUAAGAACCGAAACGACUCGGAAGACGCUGACGACUCAGACCGGUACCAGCCACAGCAGGAGUCUGAUGCUGAAGAGCAACAAGAGGAAGCAGAGGAGGACUCGGACGAAGAGGAACGGCCCACGGUCCCCUCGGAGCUGUUGACGAGGUUAUUGUACGAGUUCUUCGAGAGCGACAAGACCAAGAUAACGAAGGAUGCGAACGAGGCAGUGGCGCGCUAUGUGGAUAUCUUUGUGAGGGAGGCGAUUGCGAGGAGUGUGGUAGAGAGGGAAGGGGGGAAUGGGACGACUUCGGGAGGGGGAGGCUUCUUGGAGGUGGAGGAUUUAGAGAAGAUUGCGCCUCAGUUGUUGUUGGAUCUCUGAUCUGUUGAUGGGAGAGAUGAGGGAGGGUUCAUGCCUCCUACUCCGUGGGCACCCGGCAAGCUCAGCUCGACCGACAGUACCUAUGAUCAUGGUAUCGGCAUCUGGCGGAGCUCAUCUGCGCACUUACCAAGCUACGUCUGUCAAAAGGAGGUUGCGGAACGCUCGUUGUGCCUGGCGUGGAUUCUUUGUCGUACAACGCCGGUUCACGAUGAUAAACAAUGGCACAAGCAAGUCAAACGUCAAGAAAGGGACUACAGAGCAGCGAGUGAGAUCUGUACGGCUCAAGCUCGAGGACGGGCAUUUACCGUUAUUCGCCAGUCUAGAUGGGAAGUGUGAUAGAGGGGAGUUCAAGACAAUACUUGUUUAUUCGCCAGGACCUGGUAGAGGUAGCUUGAUAGUCGAUGAUGACAGAUGGCUGAUGUACAAUAUGCAGGGCAGGCUCGCAAUUUCCAAUGCUCGGAACAACUUCGAUAGCCAUGUGGUUUUCCAUCGUCCUUUCCAACCCUAUUAGCUUC